UCAGCUGCCAGGGCCGGCGGCGGCGGUCGCGGCUGCCCGUCCCUCCCUGCCUCCUCCGCGCCCCGCCGCGCAGCAUGGCCGGGCUGGGCGGCGGCCCCGCCGCCUUCGGGCGCUGCACGCACGCCGUGGUGCGGGCGCUGCCCGAGUCGUUGUGCCGGCAGGCGCUGCGCAGGGCGGCCGGCCCCGAGGUGGACUACGCCCGUGCGGAGCGGGAACAUCAGCUGUACGUGGGUGUGCUGAGGGGCAAGCUGGGGCUGCAGGUGCUGGAGCUGCCGGCCGACGAGAGCCUUCCCGACUGCGCCUUCGUGGAGGACAUGGCCGUAGUCUGCGAGGAGACGGCGCUCCUCACCCGCCCGGGCGCGCCCAGCCGCAGGAAGGAGGUUGAAGCCAUGAAGAGAGUACUAGAAAGUCUCAACCUCAAUAUAGUAGAGAUGAUAGAUGAAAAUGCAACCUUGGAUGGUGGAGACGUCUUAUUUACAGGCAGAGAAUUCUUUGUGGGUCUUUCCAGGCGGACAAAUCAACGUGGUGCAGAAAUUCUGGCUGACACAUUUAAGGAUUAUGCUGUCUCCACAGUCCCUGUUCAUGAUUCUUUGCAUCUGAAGAGCUUUUGCAGCAUGGCUGGACCAAACUUGAUUGCUAUCGGAUCAAGUGAAGCUGCACAGAAAGCCCUGAAGACCAUGCAACAGAUGAGCGACCACCGCUACGACAAGCUGACAGUGCCCGACGAUGCUGCGGCAAACUGCAUCUACUUAAACAUUCCCAGCAAAGGCCACGUCCUGCUGCACCGAGCCCCCGAGGAGUACCCAGAGAGUGCAAAGGUAUUUGAAAAACUGAAGGACCACAUGCUGAUCCCUAUAGCCAACACGGAACUGGAGAAAGUAGACGGGUCACUCACCUGUUGCUCUGUGCUUAUUAACAAAACUGCAGUAUUAUGAGUUUACAGAGUCCCUCCCUUGUAACUGGCAAUAAUGUUACAUACAAGGUAGACGAAUCUGUAUCCACACUUUUAUUGUUUUUAUUGACAAUCUACUGUACCACUGUGCUACUAACCCUUGUUUACAAAUUUUUUGCUUUGUGUAUUUUUAUUAUGUCCUUGCAGAUGGUAUUUAAGGUGGGUGUACGGUUUGUUGGGGGGCACAUAACUCUGAAGUCUGUUAGUCCCAUGGGCUAGCAGAAGACAAUUAUAAUGGCUAACCCCUAACUUUAGUGAUUUAACAUAUCUGUGUGAAAAUUUUAUGAAAACCAGCUAAUUCUCAACAUUUCAAGCACCUCUGUUGUCUUUACGCUGUUCCCUUCUCCUGUCUUUUUUUCUCUUGCUUCCUUGCUCUGCAUCUUUUUUUCCUUCCUCGGUCCUCUUUAUUUUCAGUGAUGCAAGGUUUUGGGGUGACUGAAGAAAGCUCAAUGGACUCAUCAGUUUGGUAUCUUGUGUGGUAGGGAAACUUUCUGUACACUAGCUGGAAUGGUGGGCAGUGGACUGUGCUCACUGUCUUGGCCGUAUCACGUUGCUGCUGCUGGGCAGAGUUGUGGCUGGAAUCAGUUUCAGGCACCAGGUAGCAACUUAGGAAAAAGCUUCCUCUGACAGGAGCAUUCAAGGGCAGUGUCUGCCUGGGAGACUUGAACGAUAGAAAAAGAGAGAGAGUAGUGCAGCCACACAAGAGACAUCCUGCAAGUUCAGGUCCCAGAUUGCUGCUAAUGCCAUGACUUUCAAUUUGGUGAGAACAGAAGAGGAGUUUUUAAAGAAGUCCAGCUCCCAGGGAGCACCUGGACCACAAAAAUGGAAGACUGAAGUGCUUUUGGAGAAGUUAAACCUACAAAAGUAAUCUAAAAUACAGGGCGAGGGGUUGUGUUAAUUCUCUUUGUUUAGUUUCUAAAUUUAUUUCUCUCUUUCCUUUCUGUUUUCUCCUCUUUUGGAGGCCACUUACUAGCAAAAUUCAAAAGAAAAGGGUGAUAGGAGUUGAAGGACAGCUAUUCCUAGAUUAGGCUCAUGAAUAAGGGAAGCUAUUUUUUCCUGAAAGAUUGGCAUUUGUACUUUAUCUGCCCUUGGGGUAGUUUUCCUUGGAACAAUAACCAUCUUAUUUUUUUUUAAUUGCAUGAAUAUUUUCUGUGGUAUUCAGUUAAAACAAAUAUAAUUUUUGUAGCAAAUUCCACAGCAUGUUUACCCACUGAGUCAUACUUUUUCUCACCACAGUAAAGCGAAGCAUACACCAUUGUAUUCACAUGCUUCUUGUUAAAUCGUUUGUAAACUAAGGAUGGAGAAAUUCCCAAACAGAGGCAGUAGUGGGAACUCUCUGGAGACUGACAAAUAGUCUGAACAUGUUGUCAACUUCCUAGACAUCUCCUCCACCUUUCCUGAACCACUUGUGACAUGUUGCUAAAGUACAGUAGGAAGCUCAGGCAAUGUGGUCUGCAGGAAAGCAAACAAUAUUAACCAAGCGCACACUUGGAUAUCCUUUGGAAACUUGCGUGCUUUUUUGUGCAAUCAUAAGGGAGGAAACAUAGGUACUCACAUCCGUAGGUGGUACUCAGCAUAUCUCUCGCUUCGAGUCAGUGGCUGAUGAGGAGAAAACCUCCCGGCAGCUACCAGAAUGCACCUGAUGCUUUGUGGGCACACUGUAUGUUGUGAUGACAUGAGCUAUCACAAGGGAGAGAACAAUGACGAGCCAAUAUAAUGUAUGUGAAAAGAGAGCAUGUCCCAAAGGACGUCUGGAGUCAGCCAAACGGAAAGUGCUGGUUUUAUGACUCUGUGCUGUCCCAAAGAGCUGUCCUGAUGUUUCCCCUCUGUCUCCUCCGUUCCCGUGCAUUAUCAUUUAAGACUGACCCAGGUGAUCAGGCUCUGAGGAUGUAAACAUUGCAGCGGGGAAUCUCUUCUUCUGCCUUCCCUUGGUGCUUUUUAAAUACCUGAUAAGGCAUCUUGCGUUUUAAAAUGACAUAAUGACUUGACAUUAAACAAAGAUUUUGUGCCAAAAAGUGACCCUGCAGUAUUUAACUAUGACCUUCUAGAGGCAAGCUGUGCUGUUAGAAACCUGUGCAGCUAUGGGAGCUGUCAGACAAAGCCAGAACAGAAUCUUCCCCGACCUGUCCGAGCACCUCCUGGGGCCUGGCCCCCAUCCAUGUCCUUCAGUCUCUUUUCCCUCCUCUUGCUAGGGAGCCAGAGCAUCCAGCGACACUAGGACAGUGUUAGGCUGUGGGAUUCCUGUUCAGUUUCUCUCUGAAGUGUUCUGUUGUGGUUCGGUUUUUUCUCUUCCACCCUCUACUCACCUCUCAUCUGUGUGUCUCUUCCUCAGACUCUCAUUUCUAGUUUAUGGCAUGACGAGCACUUUUCUAACCCUAAGUGAUUUUGCCUUCUGUUGCCUCAGUUCUCUUACUUGAGUCUUCUUUUUCUGUAUCCCUCCCUCUUUGCUGUUCACUCCAAAGCACCCCAGCCCAGACUGAACUAUCCUAAACUCACUCCCUCCUUCAGUAGUUGCCAGGAGGGAGGAGAAACCGAGGGGUCCGCUUUGGCUCAGAGCAACUUCUUUUGAGAGAGAAGGAUGACUCCCAACAGGAGCUAUAGAUCCACAGAGUGACACAGGUGACUCCUCUCCUUUAGAGUUACUCCAGAAAAGAGAAACAUUUGUGGUGGACAUUGUUGGUAUCUUGUGUCUCUGAAAGCCAUAGUAUAGGUGACAGUGCAUUCCCUUGGAGACCCAAGGAGGGGGAAUUGGGAUCUUGGAGCUGAGAAACAUCCGCAUUGACAGAGGUUGGUCUUUUGCCUAUUACCAUUUAGAUUUCCUUGGCUUCAAGGCUACAUUUUGCUAUACAGAAAGAGCAAGGGAGUGGCUGAGGGACCUGAAUUCCCUCAGGUGAUGAUUUCAAGUUGUAUUCAAACUGUCUAACUUCAGGCACAGAAUUUAGGUGCUCUAAAUCACACCUGCUUCCUCUCUGUUGGUCUUGGUAGGUAUGACAGCCUCCUAACAUAGACACUUCAAAUUACAUCUUAGCCUGAUGCCAAAAGUUACCUAAACUGGUUAGUGGGAUUGCCCUCACCUCUCCGCCUUUAGCCUGAUUCUUUAUUUUGGCAUUAUAAAGCAAAAACAUUAAGAGCACUUCAGUUUGUGCAUUCGCAGUAUGGUACUAAGAACAAAAACCAUGCCAAAUGCUUCUUGUUCUUGCUGUUUGCUAUUUUUGCUGUUGCCCAAACACAGAAUUCAGGUGGGAGGACAUUUCUGCUGUGAUACAUAUGCAUCUAAUGGGCAUCCUGUACAUCUUGUCACCAGAACAUUUCUCAGAUGCCCGAUAUAAAUCAUCAUCCUUGAUUAAUAUAAAUAAUAAAAUCCCAAACCAAAAAAGGAGAUGAGACACUGAACACUAAUAGCUCCCCACAUAAAACCCUUGAUAACAACUGUUGGGCUAUAUGACACAGCAGGGCAGGGCAGAAGUUCUUGUGGUUAAUAGCUCAGCAAUGGGGCUUGAAUUACUCAUCAAAGGUUGUUUGGGUUUGGGUUUUUUUUUUUUCCUUUGAGCAGUUUAGCUCCAUUCAAAUGAAAGAGCUACAAUGGACGUUACAGAUCUUUCAUGGAUGUUACCUUAGCUAAGAGUUUAGGGAGAGCUGUGGUAUGUGGGUUUCUUGCUUCACCAGAAUGUGAAUACAGUGUCUCUCUCUGCAAUGAAAAUGUGAAUGCAUGAUGUACCUUACAAGAUAAACUUGAAUUCUUCCGUAUCUGCAUUUUUGUGUUUUCCAUGCUAAUACACUCCUUUUUGGUCUUAAAUAGAUGCCACUUUUUGAAGCUAUACUCUGAUUUUUUUAUAAAUUUUUUUUUGUGAUUUCCAUGUCAUAGGCAACAUUAUGUCCAGUUUUAAAAACAAAAAGUCAGUGCACAGAAUGCUGUUUGUUCACAGCAAAUUGGGGAUGAAAUAUGGGAAAAAAAAGAGCUUUUGAUUUCAUUCAGCCUCUUAUACAUUAUAUCAGUGAAGUCAGAGCCGAAUUACUUUGCUAGAAAACAUAAGCAUUCACAUGGAACCAUUUGAGGAAAAUAACUGUUUCUCUUAUUUUUGCUUUUGUCAAUAAGGAAGCAGAAAAGAUAAGACUGCUUAAAGAUUGGUAUUUGUUAAGUGAUAGUGAACAAAGUAUCAUUGGAUCUCACAUGUAUUUUCAGAAAAGUUUUAACUGGACCUAUGGAGUAACUGUAUAGAGUUGCAUGUGAAUCGUGUUAGUCACUGUUCUACAUUGUAUCGUUCUGCAGUGCACAAAUAUGACUACUGAACACAGAAGUGUUACAUUUCAUUAAACUUAAAAUCUUGUUGCAGUAUAUAUAGUUCCACAGUUUUUGUGCCAAAAUCAUCAAUACAUUCCAUCAUCUGUUCUAAUAGAGGUUUGCACUUUGAUUAUUUUUCUUUUGUGGCUCUUGCAGUUUCAAUACUAUAUAUCCCCAUCACAAAGGAAUAAAGUGUCAGUUGUACUGUG